AGCUGCAAGAGUGAAAGAUACAAACUUUGCUGCUCCUAACUGAAUCACUCUCUCUCUCUCUCUACCGCCGCUGAGCUGAGUGCUGCCUGGGCUGGGGAAUACUACUGUUGUAAUAGCAGUUUUUUCCUUCACUGCUAAGCCUAGUUCCCGAUUAGUAACAGCAGCAGUAAAAAGGGGCCUCCCUGGAUGCUUGUUUCUUGUUUCUGUCCUCUGAUUAUUUGGGAUCCUUUUUAAACUCUCGGGGACCAACUACCAGUAUGUGCCUCUGUUUCUCAUCAGUUUCUGGGUUUUUAGUUAACUAUGGCUGUGUGGUCUACUUUAGUAUUUUCUUUCAUUUCUGCUUCCGGUUGUAGGAAGGAAACGUGCUUUUCUUUUUUCAGCAAAAUCUGGGACUGGCAUUUCCCACCCAUUUUCUCUCCUAAAUUUGUAGCGGCCAUAAAAUAAUUUCAAAAACUAUUUUCUUUUUCAUUUCUCUUCUUUUCACUUUUUGUUUCUCUAGGUGGGACUUCGCGGAAUAAAACAAAGGGCGAGAUUUUCCCAUCGAAUGUAUGAUGAAAUGAUUCUGUAUUUCCUUCAUUCACAAGAUUUUCUACUCAACCUUUGUUAAGCUUGCAACUUGGAUUCUUUUUUUUGAGUUCUCUGCCAUAAAGUUCCGGCCUUUGGAGCAAUCUUGCUACUCAUUGGCCCUCUCUCUUCUUUCUUUUAUUCUUGCCCCCCAAAAAAAAAAAAAAAAAAAAAUAAGCCUGCUUCUUUGCGAGCCCUUGAUUCUGAAACUGUGCUCCUGCUACAGAACCAAAACUCUUCGCAUUAGCUGCUGGCCUCCUUUUUUAGCUUCUUUAGUUCUUUGCAAAAUGCUUCAAUUCUGCGUCGUAUUUUAGAGUUUACCAUUACAAACCUCUGGAUUUUUGAGCUGGUUAAAAAGUACUAGUUUGAACUGCUUUUUUACUUCAGGAGAGGAGGAGAGAUCAUAGCCUUCUCCAUUAGCACAGACAUGUGGGUUUGCUUGAUUCCUCACCUUCUCAACCAGUAAUCCGGGUGUCAUCAAGACUUCCUUCUUUCUAUGGAGCAGGCGAGGUGUACUUAUCCUCAAAAAAGCAGUUUUGCCAUACAAAUACUAUUCUUGCUCAUUUGCAGCUUACUCUUUAGCUGUGGCCGAUGCCAAGAAAAGACGAUUAAGGACAGCUCAUCUGAACCUCCAUGGCCGUCUAGAUCACCAGCCUUCAAGAUCAGGCUCCAGAGAAUCAUCUUGAGUGUUUUUCUUGGAAUCAUAACAGGAUUGAUAUUUUCCCUUCUCUUUGCUCUGCUAAUAAGAUGGUUUGUCAGGUAUGUCAAUAGGACCCCAAUUCUCAAGGGCCCUGUUGUUUUCUCCCCCAAAAUUCCUCCCAAGACUCUUCAGUUAGCUCUUGCUAACGAAACCCAAUUGCUUGGUUCAAGCCCGAAUGGAAACUACUAUAAGGCUAUCCUUGACAAUGGCCUAACUAUAGCCGUCAAGAGGCUGGAGCCUUUUGAGCCUGGCUCCCCUGAGGCUCAUAGUAAGUCUGUAAAGAGAAGGAUACAGCAGGAACUUGAAGUGCUUGCUUGCUUAAGGCACAGGAACUUGAUGAGUUUAAGGGCUUACAUUCGCGAGUUUGAUAGGUUCUGUCUGGUCUAUGAUUAUGUGCCCUCUGGGAGCCUUGAAGAUGCAAUGAGUAAAGUGAGGCAGAACCAGAUGCAACUUAGCUGGGAAGCCCGGCUCAGAAUAGCAAUUGGCAUUGUCAAGGGACUCCAGUAUCUUCAUUUUUCUUGUAAUCCUACAAUCUUGCAUUGCAAUUUGAAGCCCACAAACGUGAUGUUGGAUGCAGAAUCUGAGCCUAGGCUGGCAGAUUGUGGUUUGGCAAAGAUCAUUCCCAGUUUCAACAGAAUGGCCUCAGGUUACAGUGCUCCGGAGUCUUUCCAGAACUGCAGGUAUACUGAUAAGAGUGACGUCUUCAGUUUUGGAGUCAUUUUGGCUGUUUUAUUGACUGGGAGAAACCCAGUGGAUCCUUUCUUUGGUGAAGGUUCAAAUGGAGGAAGUUUAGGACAGUGGCUUCGACGUCUGCAGCAAGCAGGAGAAGCUCGAGAAGCAUUGGAUAAAAGUAUUCUUGGGGAAGAGGUUGAGGAAGAUGAAAUGCUGAUGGCAGUUAGAAUUGCAGUUGUAUGCCUUUCUGACUUGCCUGCAGACCGGCCCUCGAGUGACGAGCUUGUCUCAAUGCUCACCCAACUUAAUAGUUUCUGAAGAAUGCAACAAAACUCGCACUUGAUGUUCUUAACUUUUAGGAAAAGUGUCUAUUUUGCACCCCAAGGCAAGGAGCUUUUGGUUGUUUCAACAGCUAACUAUGUGCAGCUGUCCAAUUUCCUGCUAGGGUUUAUGCCGUAGGAGCAACCAAGAUGUUCCACCGUCUUGCCUCUUCUGUGGAGAGGCUCUGGAGACUCCGAAUUCCUGUCAAAAUUGUGAGCCUUCAUGGUUGUUUGAACCUGUUAUGUUCUUUGGCUAUUUUUGAUUUCUUGGUAAAAAAAAAAGUGUAAUUAUCUAAUCCCCCCACACCCUCAUCCAAAAGAAGAAAAGUAGGGAAAGAUGCAAGAAAAUGAUUAGCGCUUUUUUUGAAGAGGCUGAUGAUAUUGCACGAGUUCUCUGCAAAAAGAAAAUGUGUCGUUUGAAAGCAGCAUAUGGGAGACAGCUGCAUGAACGUGCUUUGUGCUAAUCUAAUGAUGGAACUUGGUGGGAAAUUUGCAGCCGCUUCUGUUUUCUUUUAGUAAUGCUAAUAAUGCAGUGAUUCUCUUGUUU